GAACCCACGACAGGUCUCGACUCGCAUCACGCCUACGAUAUGAUGAUGAUGUUGAAGUUGUACACGGAGAAGGAACGUAAGACGGUCGUCGUCACCAUUCACCAGCCAUCCAGCCAGAUAUUCCACAUGUUCGAUCGACUACUGCUGCUCAGCGGGGGGCAUGUGGCGUACUUCGGAGAAUCGAAUAAGAUUCUGAACUACUUUUCCAACCUGGGACUACACUGCACGCCGCAUUACAACCCGGCCGACUUCAUAUUGGAAGCAGUGUCGACCGAUGAGGAGGUACAUGAGAGAAUCAUCAACUCGUACCUAGAAAUGAGGGAAUCUAUGGAGGAAUUCGGGCUGACACAGCUGGACGAGAUUGAUCUGGAUGACACGGAGUCUGUGAUUGACAUGAACUUCAUGAACAACACCAGUAACAACCUUGUCAUGACUCGCUGCGACCAGGAACCUGUGCGAUCAAUGAUGACACACAGACCAGCACACGGUAGUACCCAAACGAAACGACAGCAUCAUCUUCACAGCAUAAAGAAGUGGUACGAAGAUUACUACGACGAGAAGUGGCCUACAUGUUUCUGGACACAGUACACAGUGCUAAACAAACGUGACUUCAUCCAGGCAAAGAACAAAAUAUUGUCGAAAUGGGCCGCUAUUCAAGUCGUUUCCGUGGCAAUCAUGGCUGGAUUAGUCUGGUUUCAAAUCGAGCGAACCGAGGAGCGACUGACUGAUAGAAAAGGCAUUCUUUUCUUCACCAUCAUCUACUGGAUGGUAACUCCAAUGAUGGCUACUCUCUCAGCAUUUCCAGAGGAAAGGGAAGUAUUAAACAAGGAGCGGUCGGCGGGUGUGUACAGACUGUCCGCUUACUACCUAGCGAAGCUGACCAGCGAGUUACCGCUGGCUGUCACGCUGCCGACACUUUACCUGAUCAUC